AUGGCAGCGGAUGCAGAGGAUGAGAUCAAGGACGAGAAGAACCCUAGGCCUCUCGAUGAAGACGAUAUUGCCCUCUUGAAGACCUAUGGAUUGGGCCCGUAUUCUACAAGCAUUAAGAAAGCUGAGAAGGAAAUCAAGGAGAUGGCUAAGAAGAUUAAUGAUUUAUGUGGUAUCAAGGAAUCUGACACUGGUUUAGCUGCUCCUAGCCAAUGGGAUCUUGUAUCUGAUAAGCAAAUGAUGCAGGAGGAACAACCACUUCAGGUUGCAAGAUGUACGAAAAUUAUUAGUCCAAACACGGAAGACGCAAAAUACGUUAUCAAUGUUAAGCAAAUUGCGAAGUUUGUUGUUGGAUUGGGUGAUAAAGUUUCACCUACAGAUAUUGAAGAAGGGAUGAGAGUUGGUGUUGACCGAAACAAAUAUCAAAUUCAGAUUCCUUUACCCCCGAAAAUCGAUCCAAGUGUGACGAUGAUGACUGUAGAGGAAAAGCCAGAUGUGACUUAUAAUGACGUUGGUGGGUGCAAGGAACAGAUUGAAAAGAUGCGCGAGGUUGUCGAGCUGCCCAUGCUUCAUCCUGAAAAAUUCGUGAAGCUAGGAAUUGAUCCUCCAAAGGGUGUUCUGUGCUAUGGCCCUCCUGGCACUGGUAAAACCCUAUUAGCCAGAGCUGUGGCUAACAGAACUGAUGCAUGUUUUAUUCGUGUUAUUGGGAGUGAGCUUGUCCAGAAGUAUGUUGGUGAGGGAGCUCGUAUGGUUCGUGAACUAUUCCAGAUGGCACGUUCUAAAAAAGCCUGCAUUGUAUUUUUUGACGAGGUGGAUGCCAUUGGAGGUGCAAGGUUUGAUGAUGGAGUUGGUGGGGACAAUGAGGUCCACCGUACCAUGCUUGAAAUUGUGAAUCAGCUUGAUGGAUUUGAUGCUCGUGGGAAUAUUAAAGUUUUAAUGGCAACCAACAGACCUGAUACUCUCGAUCCGGCACUCUUACGACCUGGAAGGCUGGACCGGAAAGUGGAAUUUGGACUGCCGGAUCUAGAAAGCAGGACCCAGAUUUUCAAGAUUCAUACGCGAACAAUGAAUUGCGAGAGGGAUAUUCGCUUUGAGCUUCUUGCUCGGCUCUGCCCAAAUUCAACUGGAGCUGACAUUAGAAGUGUGUGCACUGAGGCCGGAAUGUAUGCUAUCCGGGCAAGGAGGAAAACUGUGACCGAGAAAGACUUCUUAGAUGCUGUUAAUAAAGUUAUCAAAGGGAAAGGCUUGCUGAACUCUGAAGUUCCGGUGACCAUCGUUUCAGUUAAUCUGCCCAAAGUGGCAAAAAGAGGCUGGUUCACCUGUUGA